CAUAAAAGAAUAAGCUACAUGAACAUUGACUGGAAUCGAUUCAAAACAUCGGAAAAAACAAGGGCUUCUAAACAGGCCGUAUGCUUAGGUGGGCCUAACCAUCGUAAAAGGCCCAGGAUCGUAGAAAAUAGAAAACAAAGCCGAAGGUUCAAACUUCAAAGAAGAACGGACACAGAAGAGAAACAUAGAAAAUUUACAAAGUCGCCGUCAAACCUCGGUACGGAGGACGAGAAGGAAGAGCGAAAGAGAUGAACAACGUAGUUCACGGGUUAAAGAGGAUUCCUCGCAUCAAAUUCCCUCAGCGUCAUGUCAAACCUUCAGAGGGCACAAGGCAGCAGGUGGAGAAUGAAGCUAAUGCGUUUUUCUUCUCCAAUCUCAACACUCCAAAGACUAUAGGCGGGAAGGCGUCUCUGCAGCCGAAGCGCACGCCGGUUUCAAACCAAGAAAUGGAAGCCAUACUCGUAAUUGGGAGGCUGCAUCUGAUCAUUUCAAAAUGAUCUAUUGGCGAGAAUAUAUACUCAAGAGUCAAGAUUUGGUUAUUAUGUAAACUCAUGUCAAUGCCAAAAUAAAACAACAACUCCAAUUGCAAACUCAUGAUUUAUUAUUUAUUUUCUUACAUCACAUGAUGAAGUUUUUUUUACAACCAGUCA